GAAAACCUAUUUGUAUCAUCUAUAAUUCAAGUGAAGGAGAAUCGAAUCAUGUCUAGAGAUGUCGAGAGUGGCUACAUUGAGAGUGAAUUACCGAGUAGCAAAGACUCUUUCGAGAUAGAACUCGAGGAGUUGAACAAUGAUCCAAAUAAACCAACCCAUUCAAAACCAACAUCUAGUCGAAAUGCUGGCCAUAUAAGACUAGAUGAUAAUACAUAUUCAAAUGAUCAAAAGACAACCGUCUCAAAGUUUUUACACAAAGUUUGGUAUGGUCCUGAUGAACCUUCAGAUAAUCCACCCAAUUUUACUAGCCCAUUACUAAUAAAGCUAGAGGAAUACCCAAGAUAUUAUAAAAAUAGAUUCAAAAGAAUGAGUGGUCUCAUAUUGGUUAUUUAUUGCUUUCUAUGGGCGAGUCUCGACUAUUCAAUCUUACUUCCUCAAUUUACAAUGUCACCAAGUUUGAAAGGAAGCAAUGAAACAAUAGUUACAUUAUCAUGCACGGGCCAACAAUACUUCUGGAAAGGCAAAAAUGGCAAGUGUGGUCUUAAUGGUGAAUUAUGUACCCCUUUUGAAGAUAGAGAUGUGAUUGUGAAAUGUCCAGCACUCUGUGAUCGUGGUGGUUGGACUUAUUCUGCUACUCCAGUGGGCGAUGAAAUGGUCAAGUAUACAGGUUAUACAAUUGGUGGUGGUAGUAAAGAACCGGAUGAAAAAGAUAAAGAUACUUUAACAUAUCCAUACAGAGCAGAUUCUUUCCCAUGUGGUUCCGCUGUUCAUGCUGGUGUUUUGUCCCCUUUCUUUGGUGGUUGUGUCAAAGUUUCAUUUGUUGGUUCACAAUUGUCAUUCAAUUCCACUAUGGGACAUUAUGGAACCGAUUUUUCAGUUCCAUUUCCAUCAUUUUUUCCAUCUUCAUUUGUUUUCAAAAAUUUACCUAAUGGGUUGUCGGGCUGUUAUGAUUGGAGACUCUUGAUCUUAUUUAUAAACAUCAUAUUGGGGGGUCCAGUUGUGUAUUUAGCUGAUGGGUUGGUCAGUUAUUGGAUUGUCAAUCUAGUUGGAUAUUGGACUAUUCUACUUUCACUGGAUCCCCCUGUCAUUGUUGACCCAGAAGAUCCAGAAAGCGUUGCCACUCUUUUCUCUAUUGGUUUCCAAAGAUUGCUACCUUUAUGUUUUGUUCUAUAUACUCUUUGGAAAAUAUGUACAAAGAGAACAUUCUCAGAGCCAACUUCCCCUGUGGUCAAGCUGUUCUUGUGGUAUCCUCUCUUUUGGUUAGGUGUUGCUAACAAUUUGACUUUUGAUAGAUUACCAGUUGAUAGACUGACUCCUAAAGAUUUGAAAGAACAACCCGGAGGAUUGAUUGCAGUACUAUCUAUUUUCAGUACAAUCAUCACUUGUGCUAUAAUCCAAGCAUAUAAAUUAUGGAAAUCUGGAAGAUUUCAAAAAUACUUCAAGAUUUAUAUUACUUUUAUCAUUAGUAUAUUGGUGUUUGCAAUGCUCCCUGGACUUUCUUUGAGAAUACACCAUUACAUUUUGGCACUGGUGUUGAUUCCUGGAUGCGCAACUAAAGGGUUCUCGGCAUUUAUGUUUCAAGGCGUGUUGCUUGGAUUGUUUUUAUCUGGUAUUGCAAGAUGGGAUUUUGCGUCAAUUUUGGAAACUGAAAGAUGCUUACUGAGAGAGGAGGCUGGUGGAUCUUUGGAACCUCCAACAUUCAACAACUAUACCGAUGGCUUAGUUUCAUGGACUGAUCAUAAUGAAACUGCGGUCAUCAUAAAAGGAGAGCCAAAGUCACCACAUGACCAAUUAUUUGGAUACUCAUUAGUGAUUAACGAUAUUGAAAGAUACGUCGGGAACCAAACAAAAAUCAAUAUUGAUGAAUUGAUCAAUGAAAACCAGGACUUCAAAGAUCUUGUCGAAGAUUCUUUGGAGAAAAAUGCUGAUUCGAAUGGGGAUAUUACGCUUUUCUUGAGAUUAGGUAAAUCAACAAUUGAUUCGCACAGAGAAACUAGAGGUGAUUAUACAAGGGCUGCUAUUCUUAAAUGGCCAAGUGGCAACUGGACUGCACCAUGUGAGGGACUUUCAUGAUGGUGUUUUUAUGGUGAAUAUAUAGAUUAAAG